UCAUUUUUUUAUUUUUUGUCGUUGGGUUCAACCGGGGAAUGGUAGCACGCACUGUUAUACAAUGUUCUGACCGACAUCGAAAACACGUUGAAAACACGGUUUGUGGAUUGUGGACUCAAUGUCGUUCUGACCGACAUUUUGUGUUUUCGAUCUGUUUUCGGUGACACUUGAGACAUCAUUGUGUUUGUUUACGUUUAUUAGCAACGAAAAUGAAUUCUGACAAGAAAAAAACACUAGCGAAAGUAUUGGCUUUGAGAAGCCAAACAAAAAUAUUGUGCACCGAUGAUUCCAUAAGAGAAGUGAUGGAAGCUAUCACUAGGAGGCACUCAGCCCUUGCAGAGAAGAUCGCGAAAUUAAAGAAACAGCGUUUGAUCUUACUCAGUUUAAUAAAGGAACUUGGGAUGCCGAUCAAAUCGUGUUGGACAAAAGCUUUGGAGGAGUUGGAGACUAGGCGCCAAUACCCGAGUGAUGUGACAUAUAUAUCUGAUGACCCAAGUAAUGCAGAAAUGAUACGAUCUGCGCUGUACACAUAUUUAAGUAAGUAUAUUAAUUACACCAAUUACCAAUUACAAAUAUAA